ACGACCAGCUCGAGCUCCACUCUUCACUCCUUUCUUUCUUUCAACGGAAACUUGCAGAAACUUUGGGAUUUGGCUCUCGUGGAUGCGUUUCAUGAGUGUCACCAAGCCGCUGGCAUCACCUUCUCGUCGUGAAUCAUGUCACGCCGGAAACAGAAGAGACCCCAACAUCUAGUCAACGCCGAUCCGGGGGGUCCCGGGGUGCUCGCUCAAGAUGAACUUCCGUGCUUGAAGUCGCCAUCCACCUCUCUGGGCUCGGAAGUGACUUCAUCAGGGUCCUCUUCCUGCUCCCCAAACUCACAACAAGACUGCCAGCCUCCCUUGGCCCCUCGCCCGUCCCCCGGUGGGCUCCACGCGCCCUCCUUGCCCAACGAGAGCUCGCCCCCUCCCCACUGGGCUAACCACAUGGCACCGUUCGCUACCUCCCUACCAAACACCCACUCUUCCCUGUCUCCGGACUUUCCUCACCCAUCGCUGUCAUCCCAGACUCACUCGCCUCCCCCUAUGGGACAGACCUUGAGCUGUCAAGCUCAGUCGCAUUCUACCGUGGCCUCCCCGACGAUGGGUGUUUCCGCCAGCACCAAUGCUGCCUCGUCCUCCCAGGGUCCGCCAGCUCAAUGCGCCGGGGAAAGCCCGGCUCAACACCGUGCCGCUGGCUUGCCCGGCCCACAAGUUCUUCAAGUACCUCCCACCUUGGCCGUACUUCUGGAGGAGCUUCGGGUUUUACAGCAGAGGCAAAUCCACCAGAUGCAGAUCACUGAGGAAAUUUGCAGGCACGUUUUAAAGCUUGGAGGCGCAGUCCUGGGACAGGAUGCCAACCCGCGAGUCAGUGGGACCGAGAGCCGCCCGAAGGCCGCUUCUCUGUCACCGGCACACCCCUCGACCGCCACACCAGUCACCACUGCUGCAGCGUCGUUGCUAACGGGCCUUCCGUCAUCCCUCUUCGCUCAGCCGUCUCUCUCCAAACAAGGUUCUCCCCACGUGAACGGCAGCAGAACCCCGUCGUCCUUGCAGUCGUCCGUGUCCAGCUCAUCCGUGGCAUCCCUUCACCCGCUGUCUUUGUCCAUGGGGUUGCCGCCGCGCUCGUCCUCCAACAGCGCUUUAUUUGCUCACAGCAACGGUAUGAGCUUCCCUGCCGGAAGCCAAUCACAGGAGAUUCCAUCCGCGUCCUCUUCUCUGGGCUCUGCAUCGACGUCGGGACGACCGCAGCACAUGUGUCGCUUCUGCGGUAAGGUCCUGAGCAGCGACUCGUCACUGCAGAUCCAUCUAAGAUCACAUACAGGCGAGAGACCGUACCAAUGUCCAGUGUGCUUGAGCCGCUUCACUACACGUGGAAACCUCAAAGCUCAUUUCCUGCGGCAUCGAGAGCAGAAUCCGGAGCUUUCGCUCUCGUUGCUGCCCCCCGCACUCUCAGAGCAGACGCCAAGCGUCUCAACCACUGGCGCCGUCCAGAGGAGAAGGAAGCGCAGAGCUGAUGAAGAUGAGUCUUUUCACGGAGUGAAAGGAAGCGUUCCCACAAGCGUUCAGGACAACGUGGCUCUGGGAUUCCUGUCCAGCACGUCCCCACGACCCUCUCCUUCCUCUCUGCCCCUGCCACCCUCGGUGGACAUGGCACUCCUGUCCACAGCCCACUCCCUGCUGCAGCUAAACCGGGCCUCCGCAGUCGCUGGCACACCGAGCUCCGUGUUGCCUUCUUCCACAUCAUCCUUGUCCUCUUCUUCUCUGGCAAGUCAGUUUAAAGGCGUGAAGCAACAGCGCUUCGAUGAAAAUACUCCUCCUCACUCUGCCCUCCACACUCCAGCCUCCUACUCCCAAUUGACUCACCUCCCAAAAAUCCUUUUCCCGGGAGGCGCAUCCCCACACCAUCUGGCCCUACUGCGACCUACGGGCCUGGGGUCUGCCUCUCACCUCACUUCAGCACAUCAGCUCCCCUUUCCUUUCCCACCGUUCCCUAAAGCACCCACCUCUUCUCCCUCAUCCUCUCCUGCCACUUUGUCUCAGACCUCAGACACUUCCAAAUUGCAGCGUCUGGUACAGAAGUUGGAGAAACAGCCUCAAGAAGGAGCCUCAUCUUCCUCUGCCCCCUCACUCACCCUGGCAGAGGCCAACACUAACGGUCACGACCUGACCACCGCCUCUAGUGUCUAUCGUAGGGAUAUGUUAGCCACCCUCGGCCUCGGUCCAAACUCCAGCCAAGGGGUCUCGGGCGCCAACUUGACCACCACCGUCACAGCUACUUCACCUCUGCCUGCUGCUCAGGCGGCAAAUCAGUGCGGGGUGUGCCUGCGGGUUCUCAGCUGUGCUCGAGCCCUUCGCUUGCACCAAGCUACCCACCUGGGAGAACGUCCUUUUCCUUGUAAACUCUGCGGUCGCUCCUUCUCCACCAAGGGCAGCCUCAGGGCCCACCUGGCCACUCAUCGAGCCAGACCGGCCAACUCCCGAGCGCUCAACUCCUGUCCACUGUGCCCGCGCAAGUUCACCAACGCCUUAGUGCUUCAGCACCACAUCCGCCUUCAUCUCGGAGGGCAAAUACCACCCGAUGAAGACGCGAUGCAAGCAGAAGAUGGCACAGACACAGAAAACGCCACCUUUGUUGACGACGCAGAGAACGACCCGGAGAGCUCUCCGUCACAGGCUCAACAGCUCCUUCCGCUGGCACUUACAACUGCAACCUCUAAAAUUUCCAUUGUUAAGACAGUCACAGCUUGUGAUGUCAAGAUGGAGGAAUCUGAGGGUUCCGCACCCAGCAAAAGCCCGUCCCUGACCCCUAAUCCCCAAUUGGCAAGAGUCGAGGACCCCGUGGGUGUGACCAACAACCUCGAAGAUGGUAGCCCCCUGAAUGAUUCUCAAGAGGAAGCCCACGCUGACCUCCGAAAACCUGACAAAGCCCAAUUGGCAAGCCCCGGUUCUGCCACAGUGAACGGCAAUGACGGCCCUCUCUCCCUGAGUACCCCAAAGCUCGACACGCCUAAUGAGAUUGGAAACAAAUGUUCCCCAGCAGGAAAUAAUUUACGUGAACUCAGCCCUGAAGACAGCCCAGCAACCUGCAGCUCUUCCGCCGACGUCAGCAUCCAACAGGAAAUAUCCCAAAGUGAAGGCGAGAGAGACAACGUGUUCACGGUGCCGCCACCUUUGACAGCAGCAGAAUCGGACAAAGGGAGCACAGAGCCUCCCGAGCCUCCCGUCGCCGCUUCUGUACCCCGUGCCCAACUUCCUCGUCCGGACAAACCCUACUGCUGUUCCCAGUGCGGGAAGACGUACGCCAGCCGCAGCGGUCUAAAGGGUCACAUGAAAACUCACGCUAUAGCUCUGGCCAUCUCCGCCAAGGCUCAGAGCAACAAAAGUGAGGCUGCUGAAGAUCCAAGCUCCAAGGAAGAUAAGAAGACAGACAGCGCGGAUCCAGAAGCAACGCUUCAUUGUGAUGAAGCUGCCUGCUGAACUGAUGGACAUUACAACGUGGCGUCGUCUGUACGUACUCUCGACAGGCCAUUGUCCUUUUUCUAGUCCUUUCAUCUCAGACAGGUGAUAGAUGUAGAUUUUCUUGUAGUGUCGCGUUUGUUUUUGUUGUAUUUCAAAGAGCACAGCGAGGCCUUAUCGUCUACACAUCCGACAGCAUGUCGGUACAGUCAAUGUUUGUUUCAAUCGCACACCAAAAGCGGUCGUAAGACUCGUAUAGCCAAACUAUUAAAUACGAGCGACCUCUUAUGCCUUUCUUACAUGUUCUUGUUUUAUUCUUUUUAACCCUUCAUAGGGCACUCAUUGAAAUCCUUUCAAAUAAACUUAAGAGUAUUAUCGGGGACCAUAACCAGAGUAUAUUUCUCAUGAAAAUGCCCAAAAUGAACAGAGUUAACUGACCAGCAUGGAAGCAUUUCUACUAAAAUUCUCCAGAAAUGGCAUUAAUUCGCAAUAUAUAAUAUUGAAGUUUUUUAAUUUAGAGACUUGCCCUAUAAAGGGUUAUUGUGUAAUUGUGACGCUGCUGUUGAAUGUGCUGCUCUAGCACUCCGGCCAUGAAUAAGUCUCUUAAUGUUAAUCACGAUGAUCGCUGACCACGUUCCGAAUCUGAGUCGGACUACCUAACCUAACGCGACACUGAGCUUGCUCACGUUUUUUAAAUUCAUGUAUGUUUUGUUGUAAAAUUUGUCUUCUCGGUCAAAAGGCGCGCUGAAUCAGCGGUGUAUUUAAUGGUUGGCGCAUUUCUGAACAUGCUGCCUAGAACCGUGUCACCCUCCAGCCAAAUGUUUGAAAAUUGUAAGCCCUUUUUUACAUACAAAUAUGUUCCCAAGUUAAUAAAACAAUGGCGAGAUGAAGAGCAGUUGUUUUGUUUCUUGUCUUUUGAAUUAUCCCUACAUUAGCUAGCACUGGGGUCAGCAACUCGCAGCUCUAGAGCCGCAUGCUGCGCUUUAAUACCGCCCUAGUGGCUCCCUGGAGCGUUUUCAAAAAUCUUUGAAAAUGGAAAAAGAUGGGGGAAAUAUAUUUUUAGUAGGGCUGUCAAAUUUAUCGCGUUAACAGGCGGUAAUUAAUUUAAUUAAUGACGUUAAAAUUAGGGCUGUCAAAAUUAUCGCGUUACCGGGCGGUAAUUAAGUUUUUUCAUUAAUCACGUUAAAAUAUUUGACGCAAUUAACGCACAUGCCCCGCUCAGACAGAUUUAAAUGACAGUACAGUGAAAUACCCACAUGUUCAUGGUGUUUUAUGGAGUUUUGCCGCCCUCUGCUGGCGCUUGGGUGCGACUGAUUUUAUAGGCUUCAGCAGCCAUGAGCAUUGUGUAAGUAAUUAUUGACAUCAACAAUGGCGGGCUACUAGUUUAUUUUUUGAUUGAAAUUUUAACAAAUUUUAUUUAAACGAAAACAUUAAGAGGGGUUUUAAUAUAAAAUUUCUAUAACUUGUACUAACAU